GCAGCAGAUGCUUGUGAAGAGCACACUAAAGUUGGUCUCACAAAAUCUGAAACACGGAACAUGUGUUGCUGCUUGCUCCUCUAGAAAAAAAAAAAGACGGCACAACAAAGCAUCGUGGAAGCUGUGGCAGUUUCGUGACUUAGCUAGCUCUGUUAGCUGUGUCAUGUGCCACUCGGCGAGCCUAACACUGUUCAGAUUAUCCCAGUGGAGAAUCAACAUGGCCAUUUGAGACAAGCAUAGUGUUAGCCUUCCAGUGACACUCCCACCUCCCUCUCUCUUGUGUUGGUCCACACCCCUCGUUUCAUUUUGUCCACUAUUUUUUUAUUUUUUUGUUCUAUUCUUUCACCUCGGCUUAGUUCCUGGUGCUGCCAGGAAUCAGUCUGCCAUCUUUAUUGCUCCCCAUCACUUCCCUUUUACCUCCUAAGUUGAGGCUGAAGGCUGUAAAUCCCUCAGCAUGGUUGCUGAAGUAGACUCGGCGUCUCAGGGCAGCGGUGUUCGGCUAAAGCAGGAGAUUUCCCUCCUCCACGGCGUCUGUCUCAUCGUGGGAAACAUGAUAGGCUCUGGCAUCUUCGUCUCACCUAAGGGGGUUCUUAAGUACACAGGUUCAUUUGGCCUGUCGCUGGUAGUGUGGGCCAUUGGAGGGAUAUUUUCUGUGUUUGGAGCAUUAUGCUAUGCUGAGCUGGGUACCACCAUCCGUAAAUCUGGAGCCUCCUACGCCUAUAUCCUGGAGGCCUUUGGAGGUUUCUUGGCUUUUAUUCGACUGUGGACGUCGUUGUUGAUAGUUGAGCCAGCUUGCCAGGCAGUAAUAGCUUUGACCUUCUCCAACUACCUGGUCCAGCCCUUCUACCCCACCUGUUCAGCUCCCUAUGACGGCGUCCGCCUCAUCGCUGCUGUCAUCAUAUGUCUGCUGACUUGUGUGAACUGUAUGAAAGUGAAAUGGGGUGCUAUUCUUCAGGUCAUCUCCACCGUAGCCAAGGUCCUAGCUCUUAUUGUUAUCAUCAUUACUGGCCUGGUUAAGCUGGCACAAGGUUUUGACCAGAACUUUGAGGACUCAUUCAGAGGCUCUAAGCUGGACCCUGGUAACAUGGCCUUAGCCCUCUAUUCAGCACUGUAUUCCUACUCUGGCUGGGACACACUCAACUUCAUCACAGAGGAGAUCAGAAACCCAGAGAGGAAUCUGCCCUUGUCCAUCGCUAUUUCCAUGCCCAUUGUCACAGUGAUCUACAUCUUGACCAACGUAGCUUAUUACGUCGUCAUGGAUGCGGACAAAGUGCUCAGCAGCGAAGCCGUUGCUGUGACUUUUGCAGAUGAGGUGCUGGGCUGGGCUCGAUGGCUGAUCCCUCUGUCUGUGGCCAUUUCCUGCUACGGAGGCCUCAACUCCUCCAUCAUCGCUGCCUCCAGGUUGUUUUUUGUUGGUUCCAGAGAAGGCCACCUACCUAAUGUCCUCUGCAUGAUCCACAUUCAGCGUUUCACCCCAAUUCCUGCCCUGCUUUUCAAUGGUGCCAUGUCUCUGUUAUACCUGUCUGUGCCUGACGUUUUCCAAUUGAUCAACUACUUCAGUUUUAAUUACUGGUUGUUCAUCGGCCUGUCAAUUGCCAGCCUGGUCUACCUUCGCUUCAAAGCUCCUGAUCUGCACAGACCUGUUAAGCUGUCUUUGUUCUUUCCAAUCGUUUACUGCUUGUGCAGCAUAUUCCUGGUAGUAGUUCCCCUCUACAGUGACACCAUCAACUCUCUGGUGGGAAUUGGUGUGGCGUUGUCUGGUGUACCAGUCUACUACAUUUGCAUCCAUCUGCCGCCCAGCUCCAGACCAGCCUUCUUCAAAGUAAUGCUCGAUACGAUCUCUCUGUACACACAAAAACUGUGCAUGUGUUGUGUGACCUCGUCUGAUAUUGACCUGGACAAUAUAGACCUAGAAAAGAUCGAAUGAUGGAGCAACAAAGGACCCGGGUGAAAUACUGUAUGGAAGGAUGAAAGAGGAACAAUAAACACGAACAGCUCAGCACAGCUCUUCUCUCACACAUGAACCAUAUGUAUAAAGGAGCAGGAUUCAAAUUUUGAGAAACCUCCAACAAACAGCACUGUACAGAUUAAACCGGUGGAACUUCACAUGCUAUUAUGCAAUGCAGUGUUGGUUGUGCAAUUCCUGCCACACAUGCUCAUAUACUAGAACUCACACGGGCACAUAAGCUGACUGAAGGCUUUAGGGUGACACUGCAACAAAUGCAAAUUAACAACCUGAGCCAGAAGGAAUUGACUCAGCAAAGAUGCCUGCAGUGAUUUAUUUAUUUUACAGAAAACACAGGUGGAUUUUAAAAAUGUUCGUCACAUGCCUUACAUGUGUUGCAUCAUGUUUCUCAUGUUAACAGAGUAAGUUACUGUAGCUCAAGAAAGAUGAGCCUGGGUGAUUCAAACCAGUGGUUCCCAACCUUUUGAGCUUGUGAAAUGAAGCUUGUGACUCCGCACAGGUUGCAGAUGUCAUGGGAUUAAUCAAACAGUCAUUUAUUUGAAUAUUUUUAGGGGCCUUAAUAUCAUAACAUUACUCAGUAAUUCACGAGCGAAAAGCAUUCCUUAAGAAAAAGUCUGAAAAAUAAACAUUUCUCACAGCCCCUCAGAUUUAUCUUGCUGGUUUAAAUGCUGAAAGGUGCAGACCUCAAGACCCUCCCACUGCUUGUGUAUAAAGGUUUUAAUGGCUUUGCAUCAACAUCAGACAGGUAAUUUGCCAUUGUGUGGUACUCAUAAAUGUAUUACAGUUUUGAGUUUUUUUAAGUAAGUUAAGUGAGUUUAAACAUCUACUGUAUGGAUAUCGCAGCCAGACAAUGUCCAAAAACUUGACAUCUUGCAUUUUCUGUUUUGUUUGACAACUACCUUUUUGUUAUAGAAAAGCUUUAUUCUGUUCCAUUACUGAAAUGCAGGACCAAACAGACAGGUGUAGAGGUUUUUGUAAUAAUUAGGUAGUUUAGAAGGAGGAAGAGAUUAUUUACAAGUGCUGUUAUUAGUUUGAACAUGUCAGUUGACUUUGAAUGGUCUUAUUUUACAAAUCCCACUGUGAAUAUGAUCAGAAAUCCGUCACCAUGUGCAUCCUGCUUCUGUUCCACCUCAGUAAUGCAUGUGAAAUGUUUUCUCCUUUCAGCUAAAUCCUUUGAAUGCAUCUUCAGGGCUAUAUUUUAUUUCUGGUGCCUCCUAGUGGUAGCUAAUAUUAACUUCCAGAGACAAGCAAUAAGAUUGUCCCAAGUGUCCUUCAGGAGUCCAUCUACAACUUGUGUGUUUGUUUAUGCUGUUACUGUCAUCUUGUUACCUCGUUCUCUCUUUUUUACAAACACAAACUUGUGAGAGGAAUCUAACUGAAGUGUAAUGGAUAUAAAAGAUUUUUAAAGUUUAAACUUGUGAUAGUUUCUAGAUUACGCAACUGUACCUGCAAGACUCCUCUGGGUAAUGUUUUUCUUCAGAAUGGGGUCUUCAUAGUUCCAAAGCUCAGGAUCAACCAUGCUGAUGUGCACACAAGGCUGAUAUUUAUCUUUCUUUUUUUACCCACUCUUGUCUUAGGAGUUUGUAUCACAGAUGGGAUAUUUAAUGUAAUGUUGCCUUUUAUACCACCAACUCGGACCAUUUAUUCACAGUGAAUUACCAAAGGUCUUAAACAAGCUAAUAGUUUGGACCAUCUUUCUGCUCACGGAGUGCAGUGAGUGUCUCUGCUUUCUAGUAAAAACAAUUAGAGCUGUAGUGUGUCGAUCUACAGGUAGAAACUAGUUCAACUUUGUUGUUUGCAUUGUACUGUAAUCUUUACAAACUGUAUGUGCCUUCUGUGAGUGUGGACUGGCCCAAAGGCCCUGUCUGUUUUUUAGACUGUAACGUACUGUAGUUUUUGUGUACAGCGUGUUCAGCACAAUCGUGUUGAUACGUUGCUGUAGGGUUUACCAAAUGUUUUUCAGGUGGUCAGUUUAAAGGGGGGAAAAAAAUGACUCAGCUGCAGAUGUUGUAAUUAAGGUCUUUUAACUGUCAGUAGGGAAUAUUCAGGCCUUGUCUUGACACAAGCACUUCCACAACACCAGCCAGCAGAAGCACAGAUAUUUGUUUAAUGUUGUUUUUCUCUGGGGGUCAAAGUCCCCUUUUAAACUAAACUAGUACAUUUUGUGUGUCAAGAGAACCACCAUAUAUCUGCAGUAAACACAAAGAAUAUUUUCAAUGUAUAUCCAUAUAUUGGCAUUUUAUGAACUUAUUAUACACUCAGAAAACUUAAAUGUUGCAGUAUAACGUAUAUUUGACGUGUUUCAUUGGGUACCAAAUGUCUGUGCGUUUGUCAACGUUGUGUUUUGUGUAUUCGUAGAAUUUUCUCUUAAAGUGCUUCCUUUGUUGACUGUUUGUUUUUAUUUAUCAUAUCUUGGACAUGGACGAACCAAAUGUAAAGAUGCUUUUCAGUGGAGGAAGUCUUGUUUGCCCAGACUAAAGGCAGGAAAGUGCUGUUUUAUUUGAAUAAAGGCAAGUACAGACUGCG